UGGAGAGGAUUUAGGGUUGUAGAAUUAAUGUGGGGAGCUCAUCUUUUCCGCCCUGCGCCGCUUCUCAGGGAGGUCCAUUGCUGGUUUUUGUUUGUCGAAGACGUCCAGAGCCCUUCCCUGCUCAAGGCCUACGAGAGCUUUCUUUCUUCCGAUGAGCGCGACCGAGUUUAUAGCGUGGAUUCCGAGCGCUUGCGAAAGGAGCGUCUCCUCACUCGUGCUUUGGUGCGUACCACGCUCGCUAGAUAUUCCGGUGGUACGAUCGCACCAGGGUCGCUCAAGUUUUCAAAGAACGAGUUUGGCAAGCCUGAGCUUGUCGGCAUGAAUGGUCUAUGUUUCAGCUUGUCACACACAAGCUCGCUGAUAUCAUGCGCGGUUACUACUCAUUCCGAGCUAGGAGUUGAUGUGGAAGACAAGCGUCGGGUUUUUGGAAGCAAUCUCAUGCGCCUGGCCAGGCGAUGGCUCUCAGACAAGGAAGUGUCAUGGUUGCAAGGCUUCGCGUCUUCCUCUAGUGACGAGCAACGCCGUCGUUUCAUUCAGCUAUGGACGCUCAAAGAAGCCUACGUCAAGGCUCUCGGGAGAGGCAUUAGCGGCGCACCACUGAGCAACUUCUCGUUCGGAUUUGAUGCAAGCUUUCCCGGAACGGAAGCGAUCUCAAUGCAGCUACACCAGCACCCAGAGGCACAGACGAUCUCGCUCGAGUCGGAAGAGAGUCCCUGGAGAUGGCAGUUCUUGCUGUUCGAGCCAUCGCAGCAUCACUACGCUUCCAUUUGCGCACAGAGGCUCGAGGGCGGUGAUGCAAACUCCAGCAGAGAUUUCAAGUUUUGGAGGACUGUUCCACUCGUCCGGGACGAAGCUCUUGGGGAUGAUGCGGUAGCUCUCGCUUGGAGCUCUCUAGCGCUACUUUGAUAGCUCUAGAAGAAUGUUUUUGGUUAAAAUGUUAUAACUUUAGGGUUCUUGGCAAUGAAUGCCGCGGUAUUGCUUC